AUGGCGAAUAUAUGGCAUCCAACGCCAAAACAUGCCAUGAACCGUAAUUAUGGCAAAAAUGAAUCUAAUAAAAAUUUAAAAAAAAAAAAAAAAUAUAUUCCUUUAUCCGUUGCAUAUUUGAUAAAAUUGUGCAAAUGCGAUACAAUUAAGAUAUUGUCAAUUAUUAAUAUGUUAUAUCUAUACUUUUUUUUAAUAUGGACUACAAACAGUUUCAAUUAUAGAGAGAAUUAUUAUGAUAAACCAAAAAAUGUCUACUCAACGGUUUACAAUAGAUUAUUAGCUGACGCCAAAUUAUUAAUGUUAGGAAAUAACCCUGUAACUAAUUCAGUAAUAGAUAAUAAAAAUAGUAAUGACGAUAAUUUACUCUUAGAGCCUUUUUUAAAGGAGCCUCGAAGUCUCUCUCUAAGGGCACGUUUAAAGAGGGAUUCAAAUAAAUCUAUUGAUGUAAUUCCAAUGAAAUAUCAUCAUAAAUCCUCAAAUGAAUCAAUUAAAACAGCUUCAAAUAGGAGUCUAACUAAAUCUCCAACUCAAUUAAUUAAAGCAACUACAAAGGGAUUUAUUAAAGUAUUUCAAAAAUUGCAUCUAACUAAAUCUCAAAAUGAAUUAAAUAAAACAACUUCAAAUAGUGAUCUAACUAAAUCUUCAACUAAAUUAUCUAAAACAACUUCAAAUAGAGAUAUAAAUAAAUCUUUAAAUGAAUUACCUAAAACACCCACAGAUAACGAUAUAACUAAAUCUUUAAAUGAAUUACCUAAAACACCCACAGAUAACGAUAUAACUAAAUCUUUAAAUGAAUUACCUAAAGCAUCCUCAAAUACCGAUAUAACUAAAUCUUUAAAUGAAUUACCUAAAGCAUCCUCAAAUACCGAUAUAACUAAAUCUUUAAAUGAAUUACCUAAAGCAUCCUCAAAUACCGAUAUAACUAAAUCUUUAAAUGAAUUACCUAAAGCAUCCUCAAAUACCGAUAUAACUAAAUCUUUAAAUGAAUUACCUAAAGCAUCCUCAAAUACCGAUAUAACUAAAUCUUCAACUGAAUUACCUGAAGCACCCACAGAUAGCGAUAUAACUAAAUCUUCAACUGAAUUACCUAAAACACCCACAGAUAGCGAUAUAACUAAAUCUUCAACUGAAUUACCUAAAACACCCACAGAUAGCGAUAUAACUAAAUCUUCAACUGAAUUACCUAAAACACCCACAGAUAGCGAUAUAACUAAAUCUUCAACUGAAUUACCUAAAACACCCACAGAUAGCGAUAUAACUAAAUCUUCAAAUAAAUUAACUAAACCAUCUGCAUAUAGAAAUCUAACUAAAUCUCCAACUGAAUUUAUUAAAAUGAUUCAAAAAAGGCAUCGAGAUAGACAUGCAAAAUUGAAUAAAAAUGAGAGCACAGAGACAAUUUCAAAUAUUUCUAAAGAAAUACUUCAAACAAAUGCACCUAAUUCAUGUAUUUAUAUUCAUAAAAUGGACUCAUCAGAAUCAAAACUUCAUUUAUCUGGAAAUGCUUCUGAAAAUUUAAAAUCAGAUGCAUAUAAUAAAACAAAUUUAGAUAAUAUCAUGAAAAUGGAAAUUCCUAUUAUGAUCCCACCUAAUCCUUCAAGCAUUAAAGGUGAAACAUCUAUGACAAAAAACACACAACAUGAUAAUAAUAAAUGUGAAAAUUUAUCAUUAUUAAAGGUGGUACAAGAGGUAACAAAUUAUACUAAAUCAUUAACAGAUUCAAUUUUUAUUAAUUUAAAUCAAGUUGAAUUUAAGGAGAACCCUGCAUUGGAUGUUAUUGAAAAAAAUGUUUCUAGUGGUGUUAAAAUUGUAAAUAAUUCAAUGAAAAAAGGCAUGAAUGUAUUAAAAGAAAAUACUACAGAAACGUUAAAAACAAUUGAUACCGACAUCAAACCAUGUAUAAAAAAUAUUACAGAUUCAAUAUUAAAUAAGGUAGAAGCUGUAAAAACAGGGGAAAUAGACAUUUCAGAUAUUACAGAGUCGGUUAUUGAAACAUUAAAUAAUAAUCUUGAAAUAUUAAAUGAUAAUAUUGAAAAUUCUGUUAAACCUAAAACCGAACAAUUAAAAAAUGAAGUAGUGAAUAAAACCGAAAAAAUAAAAAAUGAAGUAGUGAAUAAAACCGAACAAUUAAAAAAUGAAGUAUCGAAUAAAACCGAAAAAAUAAAAAAUGAAGUAUCGAAUAAAACCGAAAAAAUAAAAAAUGAAGUAUCGAAUAAAACCGAAAAAAUAAAAAAUGAAGUAUCGAAUAAAACCGAAAAAAUAAAAAAUGAAGUAGCUAAUAAAACCGAACAAUUAAAAACACAGGUAGAUGAUAUAAAAGAUAAUAUUAAAGAUAGUGUGAACACUCUUGGUACUGAGAUCAUUCCCCAAAUCGGAAAUACUAUUAAAGAUACUGUUGGUGAUACAAUAGGGGGUAUAGCUUCUGGUAUUGAAAAAACAUCUGAUGUAGUUAAAGAAAAAGUAAUUGAAACUAUUUUUAAUUCUGAUAUUGUCCCCGCCCCUAUAAGAGAGAUUGUUAAUAUGUCUGGUGAAAAUAUUACUUCAAUAAUGAAAAAAGAUAAAAAAGAUGGAAAGUCCGAUAAAAGUGCAAAAGCAUUUUUUAAAAAACAAUUUAAGCGUGUAAAAGUAAAGUUGGCGCUAGGUGGAGCCAUUAUAACAACACUUGGAGGAAUUGUUAAUAUAUUAAUUGGUAUUCCAUCUGUAGCAUUCCUCCUUUUAGUAUUAUCGUUAGCCAUUUUAUAUUAUUUUAUAUAUGAAACAUACUUGAAAAAUACAAGUUGUUUUCGAUGGUUUAGAUCUAAAAAGAAAAAGAAGGAAAUUGAACUUGUAGAUAUAACAGAAUGA